GUCCUAAACGCCGGAGGGUACCUGAAGGCAGCACUGCCAAUGGACGGUCCAGUCGGUUGACAUGUUCUUUACGGAUAAACAAAUGCAUAGUUCCAAGGAUCUUUUGGAGCUAACUGUGUCACUUGUGCACAUAGUUUGAAUGUCGACGAAUUUAUCCAAAGCCAAGUAACGUAUCGGCUAUGAGUGUCCUGCUGUGACAACUGCAUGCUGCAUGUCUCAUAAAGUGUCCAUCACCCACCUCUUUAAAGAUAUGCCUAAGAAUGCUGUGCCGUGACAUAAUGAGAAAAGGCGGCGAUAACCCUCUGCUAUUAUCAUCCAAGAAACCUUACCACGGCCAGACAAACUAUGGACCACAUCUAGAAACUGCACAUUCUGUUUUGGAAGUGGAGGAUGAAGAGAUAAGGCACCUACAGGAGGUGACUUCCAGACGUGCAUGGCGAACACACACACACUCCAGCACACCGCAGUGUGUCUUUCAAGAGAGUGGGCCAUACAGUAAGAUUGAGGCCAAGAGCUCCGCACGCAAAACGCGAUUGAAUCUGGAGCAGCUGCUUCUGAUGCUGUCUGGGAAGAUAAAUAGUGAGCAGGGAGUCUAUAAAUUGCAUAGGCAGGAAUUGGAGCUGGAAAAAGCCAUCAUCCUCUGCCACCUGCUGGAAACCCACCAAGAUUUUAUACACAAAAGACACAUUGCAAGACAAUUAACCCAAGAUGGUGGGAGCUUCCAUGUAAAUCACUCUAGGACCUCCAAAAUUGACCCUUGUUUAUCCAAGAAGAACAGCAAACUGGACCACCCGGUACAGCGGGAAGCAAGCAGUGACUUGUGUUUAGAUGACACCACCAGUGGAGCAGUGGACACCUGUUGGAGCAGUGCUCUAAAAAUUCAGCACCCUCCAAACACUCCUUGUGCACAUUGCAACGACCAGGCCCCCGACUACACACAGUCAACUGGUGCAAAUGAGUCCCCUCCCUCCAAAUGCAUGGACAGAAACAUGGAGAAUGGUGCAGACUACCACUUUCUGGUACGUCAGAACUUUGAACUAUUGCGAGCGUUGGAUGAACUGAAGAAGACAUGCAGCAUACUGAGGGAGGAAAAUUGCCUGUUGCGGAAGAGCAGUGCUCCAGAAACGGAGGAGAAGGUCCGACGCUUGAGGAGGAAGAACACGGAACUGGCAGUGCUUGCCAAAAGACUGGAGGAGAGGGCGCGCAAAUUGCAGGAGGCUAACCUCAAAAUGGUGAGCGCUCCAUCGCUGAUAAGGCCCGGAUCAGUGGAACACUACAAGAGGGCAUUUGCACGACAGCGAGCACGUGACCUGGCCCAGCACGCCGACGCACUCUUGUGCAAGGAGAAGGAGAUUGCCGCGCUGCAGCAGAACUUCAGGGAACUGGAAGCACAACUUGGCACUGCUAACGGUUCUCCCGUCCCAUCAGUCAGAGUGGAAUUUGAGAAACUGCUCAGGGAGUCUCAGAGGGAAGUUCUCCGGCUUCAAAGGCAACUGGCCGUCACCUCAACCACCCAGCACCAAAACAAAAAUCCUGAUCCUGGUGACCCGGAGAAGUGUGAGACAUCUGCUCAGAUGGUGGAUGAGGAAGGGAAGGUUGUAGGAGAGACCCCGCCGCGUGUGCCGUUAGAUGAAUCUCCAUCUAGGUGUGAGAAGACUCCCGGAGAGGAGGAGGAGGAGUCGGGGCUGCCAGUGACGCCCCCCCAACCGGGCCUCAGCCCGACUCCCUCCCAGGAGGAGAAAAAUUCCCAGAAGCAUCUUCACUAUCUGGAGAGCGAGCUGACAAAGAAGAGAAAAGAAUGUGAAAAUCUUGAGCAUGAAGCAAAGAAGCGGCAGAAGAAAUGCCUGGAUUUGGAGAGCCAGCUUGAGGAUGAGCAGGGCCAAAAUGAGAAGCUAGAGGAGGAGGCACAUCUCCUCAGGAGGAAGGCGCAGCUGCUCGACCAGACUCGAGUUGAGAAUGACGAUUUGAAGGAAGAACUCUCCAAAGUGAGCGCUCAACACAAUUCAGUUCUCGAGGAGAACCAGAGACUCUGUGCCAAACUGGAGAACCUAGAGCAGGUCCUAAAGCAUAUGCGAGAGGUCGCUGAGCGAAGGCAGCAGUUGGAAUUGGAACAUGAGCAGGCUCUGGCUAUCCUUAAGUUCAAGCAGGAUGAAAUCAAACGCUUACAGCGAGCUCAGUUAUUUGCCAAGAGGGAGCAUGAAGGAGUGGUCCAGAUGUUGGAGGAGUUGGUUGAGCUGGUGUUGCGGAGGGAGCUGUCAAAGGUGCGAGAUCUGGAGGAGAAGUGUCGCAGCCAGAGUGAACAGUUUGGCUUGUUGUCCCGAGAGUUGGAGAAGUUUCGACUGCAGGCCUCAAAGUCGGAUCUGGCCGGCGCCGCCCUUCUCAACCACCCCGGCCUCUCUGUUCUGACAAAUGGAGUGGGCCUUUCUACAGAUCGAGACUGCACAGAUGGCUCAUGGGAUAUGGAGUCUCUGAGCGAAAUAGCCUUCUGGAGUCUCGAGGGAGGUGACACUCUCUCCUGCCCCGAGGGUAACGAUGUGGCUGCGGCACUUCGCAGCAUGGGCAGCACCCCGCACGCCGCCGGGCUGUCCAGAGCGGAACGCUCGCCGCUCACCAAGCAUCGAGAGCUUCCCACCAUCAGUGUCAGCAAGUCGGCCAACUCCUCCAGCAAGUCUGAGACUGCAAACCUCACCCCAAAGUCUGAGGGCCACCUUAGUCCGCACAAAUCAAGCCCAUCGCACGAGGUCGACACAGCCAGUGAGGUGGAGGAGCUGGACGUGGACCUGGCCCCUGCACCUUACGCUGCCAGCAGAGGCGCAUCGAAGCUGCAGGUUUUUAUUGCACGAUACAGCUAUAAUCCUUACGAUGGGCCCAAUGACAACCCCGAAAUGGAGCUACCACUCACUGCAGGAGAAUACAUCUAUGUGUACGGAGGCAUGGAUGAUGACGGCUUCUAUGAAGGCGAGUUGGUAGACGGAAGGAGAGGGCUGGUCCCCUCCAAUUUCGUGGAACCCGUGUCAGAUGACGACGUCAUGGGUACGGAUCCGCCAGAGACUAUUGAGCUAAGCCACAACAGCAGUUUGCACAGUGCCAGCCACCAGCAUCACCUCCACGCAAGUGUCCGCGCCUCCGAUAGAAGCGAGCUCUCUUCUGUCUGCGGCCCCGCCUCCGCCUCUUCCAAUUCGGCCUUGGCUGUCUCAGCCCCCCUCACCAAUGGCCUGGACUUGGAUUUGGAGGAGGUGGGAGCGGACACUGUGCCUUACCCACGUAAGCUCACCCUCAUCAAGCAGCUCGCCAAGAGCAUCAUCAUCAGCUGGGACCCUCCGUCGGUGCCGGCCGGGUGGGGCAACGUGUGGAGUUACAACGUCUACGUGGACCAGGAGCUCCGGCUCAACGUGCCCUUCGGCGCCCAGACCAAGGCGGUGCUGGAGAGACUGGACAUUAACCUCAAGGCUUACCGCGUGUCCGUGCAAAGCCUGACGGAAAAGGGACUUUCGGACCAGCUGCGCUGCAGCAUGCUCAUCGGCAGGGACGUUUGCGUGGCCCCCACGCAGCUGAGCGUGGACCGGGUCACGGCUACGUCCGCCAACCUGUCGUGGCUUCCCAGCAACAGCAACUACGUGCACAUUGUGUUCUUGAAUGAGGAGGAGUGCGAGCUGGUCAAGGCUGGCUGCUAUUCGCUGUGCCUCAAUAACCUCUUACCCAGCCUGCGGUACAGCGUCAAAGUGGAGGCGCGGCCGCACCGCACGCCUUGGGAGUUACCCGUGGAGCGACGUCAACGCACAAGUGCCACCAUCAACUUCAACACGCUAAUGGCAGGCCCCCCUGACGCUCCAUUAGAUGUUCAGUUGGAGCACGGUCCUUCACCAGGUAUCGCUCUCAUCAGCUGGCUGCCCGUCACCAUUGAUUGUGCCGGGACCUCCAACGGAGUCCGUGUCACUGGAUACACCAUGUAUGCAGAUAAGAAGAAGGUGCUGGAGGUGUCUUCUCCAACAGCCGGCAGCGCUCUGCUGGGACCCUCCCAGAUCCAGUCCCUACAGGCAGCUCAGGAGCUCACUGUUCGCACCAUGUCAGCACACGGGGAAUCUUGUGACUCUUUCCCAGUCAACGUGCCGUCCAAAAUGGCCGCCAUUAUGGCCGGUUCGCUCGCGAGCGCCCCGGUGGCGCCGCCCCACGCCUGCGAGCCCGUCGGAACCACAAACCUGCCCUCGUUAUUGUCUUUGGGAAAGUCCGCUGCCAAUGCCUCCCCAGCGGUCUGCCCGUCACCUCCGAACAGAGACAUUUCUAGCCUCACAGCGGAGGCCGCUGCCAACUCUCCCCAAGUCCCACACUCACCAGCCUCAUUUGUAAAGGCCUGGGCCGACCCCACGUCCGCUCCCGAGGCCACGUCACCCGUUACGUCCCUCGUCACCCCAGUGCAGAUGACGUGCCCCGCUUGGUCGGCUCCCCAAGCGCCUCCUGUAAUGGCGGUCGCACAAACACCAGAGCCGGCGGCGACCACGUCGGAUCAACGCAGAGAUGCCGAUAGCCCCGGAACGAUACGUCCCUUUCCAUCCAUUACAGAUUUCAUCGAAGAUCCCUGUGCCAAACUGGAAGCGCCGGAGCGCGUCCCCACACCGCCCAAAGCCCCAAUCACAGACCUCCUUAACCCUUCGGACACUUUAAUCCUUCGACCCCCGAGUACUUCACCGCUGGACUCUGAGGUUGAGGAGGAACAAGAGAACAAACGCUUAGUGUCAAUUGAGGAGUUUUUGAGACCAGACAAGGACCCAGCAUACACAAAGGGACAACAGAGCUUUGGCACAGAGCCCCCCAAUGACUACCUGGCUGACAACAGCCGCUCAGACCUGUCUGACAUCCUAGAAGAGGAAGAAGAAGUUUACUCCGACCAUCUGGCGGAAGCGCCCAACAGGGGAUACACAAUUACAGCUGGCAGAGUAACCAAAUCGGAGCCUUCAGACAGUGAUGAAGAUGUUCUUGAGAGGAUCCUUAAAUUGCCCCUUCAGCGGUACCGCGACAAGCAGCUGUUUAGUAUUCCCGAGGUGACCGAGGAAGAAGACGGCCCUUCACGUCAUCACAUACAGAUUCAACCCAGAGGCUUCCUUCAUCAGUGUCACCACCAUCCACAGCAGCACCACUUCAACGUGGAUCCCAGAUCCCUCACUAAAGAGCCUGGAUGUGAAGGUCCGGCCACCAGGCGAGGUCCCUUCCGCUGUCCUGCCCCCAAAGACAGAGUACUACUUCGAGGGUUAGGGGACCGCCUUAGGAGGGAGGCCAUGCUCCGGAGUCAGAAGGCCGCAACGGCGGCAGCGGCAGCGUCUAACUCGGGCCAUGACCCUACCCCGCCGCCAAGAACCUACCCAGUAAGCAAAACAGUACGCACCGUCAAAUCACCAAUUGGGCGUCGGAUGGAGAUUGACGUGGACUACGGGACGGAUGACAAUGAGGAAGCAGAUGCCACAGGGGAAGUGGUGCUAGAACAGAUGAGCUCAGAGUGGUGGAUCGAAAGCGCUCCAAUGGAGCACAGAGGACCUUCCUACCGUCAAGGAAGAAAGACCUUGGAGCCCAGUCAACUAACAAGAUUGGAGGCGGGUCCAUCAUGGGGGCCGGACUCCAAAUCAGUGGCUUUGCAAAGCCAGCAGCCGAAAGGUUCUUUUGACUCAGCCAAGAAAAAAGGAGAUCCCAGCCAAUUGCGCAUCUUUGUGGCCCUCUUCCCUUAUGAGCCUGCCACCAUGUCACCUAACCCGGACGCCGCUGAGGAAGAGCUGCCUUUUCGAGAAGGACAGAUUAUCACAGUUUACGGUGAUAAAGAUUCAGACGGGUUCUACCGAGGAGAGUCCGCUGGUCGUUCGGGCUACGUGCCUUGCAACAUGGUGUCCGAGAUCCAGGUGGAGGAUGAAGAAACCCGGCAGCAGCUUCUGCAGCAGGGCUUCUUAUCAACCCCAGCGCCCGUAGAGAAGAUAGGCACUCGCACACAUGCACAGCUCCCACGUCGCCCUGUUCCACCGGCCAAACCGAGACGAUCCAAGAAAGUGGAGUCUGCAACACUCUGGGAGGAGAGUGUAGACUCCUCCAGUCAAGAUGCAAGGAGCCAGGCAGCUGCUGCACCUGCAGCAAACUCCGCCCCAGGAUCUCGCCGGAUGGUGGCCAUCUUUGAUUACGAUCCGCGGGAGAGCUCACCCAACACCGAUAUCGAGGCCGAGUUGACCUUCAGCGCUGGAGAUAUCAUUCAUGUGAUUGGGGAUAUGGAUGAAGAUGGCUUCUUCUAUGGUGACUUGAAUGGACAACGUGGCUUGGUGCCGUCCAAUUUCCUGCAAGCUUUAGCAGAAGAUGCUCCAGCCGAGCAUGCCUCCGCUCAGCCUGCACCAGAACACAAGAAAGAAUCACAGGAAAGCUCCUCUAAAGAUCAACAAGAUCCCAGGCCCUCAACAAACCACGAUACUUUCAUCCCUCAAGAGGAAUCUCCAUGCCCCCAGCCAACAGAAGACUCAGAACCACUGGCCGUAAGCAGCACAUUAGAACCGGACCCCGCCUCUCCUCCAGCCCCUCACCCAGCGCUGGCCGACUGCUCUGCAGCGGGGAAAAAGAAGAAAGGCUUCUUCUCCAAAGGCAAGAAACUGUUCAAAAGGUUUGGAUCCAGCAAGAAAGAAUGAAAGGCAGGACCUGAUACUUGAUACCCAUGUUUUAUUUUUUGAAGCACUUUCUUUCUCUUCCCGAUUCAGUCAGUGGCAAGCACAGCUGGUAACCUUCAGUCAUUUAUUCAAUUUAACCAAUAAGUACAUUUGCCUUAGAAAACUGCUAGACAAGCUUGGAAUGAAAUGUGCAAUGUCGCUAGUCCAGCAAUAGCUAAUUAUCAAACCAGCAGCAGCUCCUUCUAUAGUUGUCGCAAUAGAAACUGAAAGGUGUGGCGUCGCUCCACGACAAAAGGCCUCAUGGAGCUUUGACUAAACGAAAGCUAACUUGUAGAAGCAGCAGCAGUCUUCCUCCUCUGUUGGAUGAUUAUUCACACAUUCAUUUUAACCCUAAUGUGUUUCCGAUGUUUGUCAUAAUGAUUAUGUUCUGUAUCGUAGACUCGCUGGAGUGUGCAUGCAGUCGUUGAGUGGCACUAAAGACGGGGAUGUGUGUGUGUGUGUUUGCGCUGUGCGUGUAAGCGUGCGUGCGCGCUAUCCAAAGCAAAUGCCUUUUUCCGAUAUUAGCACCGGAGCUCUCGAAUUUGUCGCCACCGGCCUAAUCGAUGCAUCCAAGCUAGCUUUGUAAAAAGAGCUUUUGAAUUGAACAACUGCAAUAAUAACGUUUAUUUCGAUGCCCUCCUGAUAUUUUUUUUCACGGUUGUGGAUAGUGUGCAGAAAGACAAUGCCAAAAUCUUGAGGUGCUUUUCCUGUUUGAAAACGCUGCAAAGAACUUCUUCGAGGUUGCAGCCAUUUUUAACUUGGAACUGUUACAAGCUAACUACUUAAGUAAUUAGUCAUUGUUAGUCAGAGAGAGCGGAGUCAAUGGGGGUGGGAAAUUUGAAAACGAGCCAGCACGUAGGUAAGGCUGAGACCGCAAUUAACCAUCUCCACCCCCCCCCCCCCUUUUUUUUUUUUUUUUUUGUAGAGGCCAGAAGUUGUCGGAGUGUACAAAAAGUCUUUGUGUUGUCGGAUUCUAUUUACGGCCUUGAAUGCACAAGUAUUACGUAACUCUACCUGCUGUUUAGUAAGUAGACUGCAAAUGUAGUAACCAGUAUUUAGCCUUACAAGAUGAUAUUGUUUAGUCUUCAUAUGUUGUUGUUUACAGCAUAUUUAUUGAUUGCAUGAAUACCAAUAUUAUGCCCAUAUUAUGCCUUAUUUAUUCAUUUCAUAUUUAUAUUUUCUGUCUGACAAUUUGAGGUGGAGAUUGUCCAAAUGCAGUGAAAAGAUCGUUGUAUAUAUAAGGAACAGUGUUUGGAUCCGUUUUUCUGUAUUUAUAUUGUAAAAACCUUUUUAUAUGACAUAAAAAUGUUUUUAUUACCGAUUCGCAAGCUCAUCUGUAAAUAUUUUUUGCAUGUUCAUGCGGCGUCCAUGCGGUAAAGGCUUAGUAUGCAAAAGAAUUGAAAGGUGGGUCUUUUGAUACAAAAGAAAGUGUCUAUUUUCACAUUAAACAAAAAGUGCAUUGAGCAUGUGAAUUUC